UGCAGACUCUUUUUUCCUGAGGAUCCUGUUAAGAUUAUCCGAGGCCAAGGGCAGUACCUGUACGAUGAGCAGGGGCGAGAGUACCUGGACUGUAUCAACAACGUGGCUCACGGUCAGUAUGAUACCUCCUGACCCUUGGUGAGACAGUAGAUCUGACUGACAGCCUGGGUUGAACAGAACUGAAUCAGAUGCUCAUGAGGGGACGCCAGUCUUUGUGAAAUAGCCUGAAAAGACUCCACACCGUAGCUGUGCUAAACCAGGCAGGCAUGAGAGGUUCACAUGCCAGGAUCCAAGUUGCACGUGGAACUCACAGCAAGCUAGGGAUACAGUCCGCCCAUCCAUGACCACAGAUGUAGUGAGGUCAUCUUGGCCUUGUGCAGGGGGAUGACAACAGGCCUUCACCCAUACUGACUACUAUAGGGGCCACAGGAAACUAUGAAUUCAGCCAACUGGGGCUACCAAGCUAGUGGAGGACAAGGAGGCUUUACGUUAGAAGGAGCAUUGCAGGCAGGUAAAGGUUAAAACCCAAGACUCUCCCAGCACUCAGGGCACAGAGGCAGGGGGAUCUCUUGAGUUAACAGCCAGCCUGGUCUACAUUGCAAGUUUCAGGGACAACUAAGGCCUCAUAGAGAGACCCUGUCUCACAGAAGAAAUUAAUCCUGAGCCUUUUUGGUAGAGACUCACCACCCGGUGUUCUAGGUAACUGUGUUAAUUAUUGCUAACUUGUUUUGACCAUCUUGGCACAUGGUGAGCUAAGUAUGCUAUUCCCAUGGCUGACCCUCUGACAGUUCCCCUCCAGCUGAGUCUCAAAAUAUGCCUCUAAAAACGUUUGUUUUCUAGAUAGCGUUUCUACAGGACCCUCUUUUCCUUCUGGAUUCUCAAGACCUUCCACUCCAGAAUCAGCAUCUCUGUGCUUCCCCACCCCAUCACUAACUCCCCUCUUUCCACCUUGCCUUGCCUUCAUUAACUUCAUCUCCCCUGGAUGGGUUUGCAGAUGGAGCUGAGGGGGCAUCUGGUGGGGCUGGCUGGGUGAAGUUGGCCAUAUGGAGAUGCCCCUCUUGCAGUUGGGCACUGCCACCCUACCGUGGUCCAAGCUGCACAUGAACAGAACCUGGUGCUCAACACCAACAGCCGAUUUCUGCAUGACAACAUCGUGGACUACGCCCAGAGGCUGUCAGAGACCCUGCCGGAGAAGCUUUCUGUGUUUUAUUUCCUGAAUUCUGGGUAAGUGAACAGCAGACAACACGCUGCUGAGAACAAGUGCAAAGAAGAGACUCAUCCAUGUGGGUGCAGUGUAGAGAAGCAUCCUGGGAGGGAGGAGCCAACUUCAUGGCAAGGCUCCUGAGCUUCUGGGUUACAGACCCGGAGCUUUUCCAGUUGGCUCCCACUUCUUCCUUUGUAGAGGACACCAUCACCUCCCUUCUAGGCACCUUGGGACUUGGUGAAGUAAUGGGUUUAUUUAUUCUUGUGGAUUCAGCCCUCAGGUGGCUCAGCAAGCUUACAGGACAUCAAGUGAUUCUUCAGAGAAAUGUAAAAUUACAGAGGACAUGCCGGGCGGUGGUGGCGCACACCUUUAAUCCCAGCACUUGGGAAGCAGAGGCAGGUGGAUUUCUGAGUUCGAGGCCAGCCUGGUCUACAGAGUCAGAAGCCAACGACCUGGCCUUGAGACUAGCUCGACAGUACACAGGACACCAGGAUGUGGUGGUAUUAGACCAUGCUUAUCAUGGUCACCUGAGCUCCUUGAUUGACAUCAGUCCCUACAAGUUCCGGAAUCUGGAUGGGCAGAAGGAAUGGGUCCAUGUGGCACCUCUCCCAGACACCUAUCGGGGCCCUUACCGGGAAGACCACCCCAAUCCAGCAGAGGCCUAUGCCAGCGAAGUGAAGCACAUCAUCAGCAGUGCACAAGAGAAGGGCAGGAAGAUCGCAGCCUUCUUCGCUGAGUCUCUGCCCAGUGUGAGUGGGCAGAUCAUUCCCCCUGCUGGCUACUUUUCCCAGGUGGCAGAGCACAUACACAGAGCCGGAGGGCUCUUUGUGGCAGAUGAGAUCCAAGUUGGUUUUGGCCGAGUAGGCAAGCACUUUUGGGCCUUCCAGCUGGAGGGAAAAGACUUUGUCCCCGACAUUGUCACCAUGGGCAAGUCCAUCGGCAAUGGUCACCCUGUUGCCUGCAUGGCCACUACCCAAGCAGUGUCAAGGGCAUUUGAAGCUACCGGUGUAGAAUACUUCAACACGUUUGGUGGCAACCCUGUAUCCUGUGCUGUGGGGCUAGCAGUCCUAGAUGUCUUGAAAACAGAACAGCUCCAGGCUCAUGCCACUAAUGUGGGCAGUUUCCUUAUGGAGCAUCUCAGCCAGCAGAAAGCCAAGCAUCCUAUCAUUGGAGAUGUCAGAGGCACUGGACUCUUCAUUGGUGUGGAUCUGAUCAAAGAUGAGACCCUGAGGACACCAGCAACUGAAGAGGCAGAAUAUUUGGUCUCCAGGCUAAAGGAAAACUACAUUUUACUGAGCACUGAUGGCCCUGGGAGGAAUAUCCUGAAGUUUAAGCCUCCAAUGUGCUUCAGCCUUGACAAUGCACAACAUGUGGUAGCAAAGCUGGACGACAUUCUAACAGACAUGGAAGAAAAAGUAAGAAGUUGUGAAACACUGAGGAUCAAGCACUCUCCAGGUAAGCCAGACUUGGCCCCACCUCCACCAGCAGAUCCCCAAUAUUUCAACUUGCAUUUGUUAGACUGAAAUUAAGAAUGUGGAAUAUAUAUAAUAUGUGCCAAGAUGUUCUCUAGCUAUGGACACAAUAGGCACAAAAGGGUAGGUGAAAAGAUCUGGUGAGAAAACAGCUAAAGGAUCUCUGCUACAGGAGACCUGGCAUCUCCAACACUGGGCAAGGUCUCAGAGCAUCCCACAUUCACCCAGGCUUGGGGUUGUUUUUAAUUUUUAUUUCAAAAGCUUGGAUAGCUUCAAUAUCCAAUAUCCAGGUUGUGGCAAAAUCAGGACACGUGUAAAAUACCUUACAAUACAUUAGAUUCCCAAGAGGUACCAAAAAGUACAGUAAAAUUAACACUUCCAUUGCUGGAAAUGUAUGACACAAAUAAUAUAAAAUUAAAAGGUGAAAAAGGUGACACUGGUUUCCUAAGAUACAGUUUACUCUUUACAACCAGGGUCCACAGGUCCAGGCUGCAGAGCGGCAGCAGGAAGCAGACCCUCCAAUCUAUAACAGGGUAACCUGGUAAUCAGCCCCUUAAUGCCGCUCUGGCCUCUUAGACGCCACACGCUGCCUACAA